UUCGUUUGAAAUGACAUAUGCUGUUUCUAUCUUAUGUCGCUUUAUAGAAAUGGAAGAAUCAGAGAGGGCAGCAAUAAGGGCUGCAUCGAAAGAGGUUUCUCAUGAAGUCAAUACUCUGAUGAAUGCGGAGGCUAUUGAUUCACUCAGGCAAAUGCAACACCUCAUAUUAGGAAGAUUGCAAGACAUCAAAGCAGUGCUUUCACAUUUUAAUGAAUACUCAGAGAAUCGCUAUGCAGAUGUCAUGGCUGACUUUUCAAAAAACACUCUUUUGAAAUCAAUGAAGACCGACCUUGACUACAUAUUUCUGAAACUGAGAAGCAUCAAGUCCAAGAUAUUUGCUACUUAUCCUGAUGCGUUUCCUAAUGAAUCCUUGGAAAGUGGUUGA